AUGGGCUUUCUCUCCAAGAUCGGACCGCAGACCACCACGAGCCAGGUGGCACCCGAAAGCGACAACUCGGAUAGCGAACUCUCCGUUAUCCAUGACGGCAACUUGGCCUACGUCCAUCAAACGGCUGGAAAUGGCGCAUCCGGCUAUCAGGAAGCUGUAGGGGCGCCUGUGGAGAAGCAUUCACCUCUGGGCUACCACGUCAACUGGCUUACAGUCAUCUUUCUCAACGUCAACCAUAUGGUCGGCACCGGCAUCUUUUCCACGCCAGCUACGAUUCUCCGUCUGACAGGCUCGGUGGGUUUGGCCCUGAUCUACUGGGUUAUCGGCUUUGUUCUGGCCGCUGCUGGUCUCGGCGUAUACCUGGAGUUCACCAGCUUCUUCCCCAACCGAAGUGGCUCUGAGGUCGUGUGGCUCGAACAAAGCUUUCCAAGACCUAAGCACUUCUUCCCGAUAACCUUUGCUGUUCAAUCCGUCCUUCUGUCUUUCAGUAGUAGCAACGCCAUCGUAUUGUCCAACUAUCUAUGGCGUAUUGCCGGGCGCGCGCCGGACCCAUGGGAGCUCAAGGGUGUAGCUAUUGCCGCAUACACGUUCGCCGUCAUCUGCGUGGUCGCACACAACCGGUAUUCCUUAUGGGCAAUUAAUGGCAUCGGAGCUUUGAAGAUACUACUACUCGUCUUCAUCUCGAUUUCAGGUUUUGUUAUCCUUGGCGGUCAUGCGCCUCGUGUAGAAAACCCUGGCAUCAACUUCAGGGACGGCAACGCCAUGAGCGGAACCACUUCCAGUGGAUAUAAUCUCUCACAAGCUAUGGUUAAUAUCAGCUUCGCCUUCUCUGGGUGGCAGAAUGCCUUCAGCAUGGCCAACGAGAUCAAGAGUCCUCUGCCUACUCUCAAGAAGAACGCUACUGCGUCGCUACUGAUUGUCUUUACACUCUACUUUCUCUGCAACAUCGCCUAUUUCGCCACUGUUCCCAAGGAUGUGUUUAUCGAUUCGAGCGAGCUGGCCGCAGCUGUAUUCUUUCGUACCGCUUUUGGAUCCGCGGCCGAGUCAGCCCUCAACUUUUGUGUCUUGCUCAGUUCUUUUGGCAACCUGCUCGCCGUCUUAGUCGGUCAGUCGCGACAGAUCCGCGAGAUUGCCCGCCAAGGUGUACUUCCGUGGACGGAGUUCUGGGUAUCGACGAAGCCUUUCGGUACACCACUCGGACCUUAUCUCCUGAAAUGGGUUUUUACCAUCAUUAUGAUCGUCGCACCUCCAGCAGGCGACGCAUUUCAGUUUGUCGUCUCGCUGAAGUCAUAUCCAGAUGCCAUCUUUCAUGUGGCUCUAGGCGCAGGCCUCAUUUUCCUCCGCCGGCGUCGCGACCGGUCCGGUACUCCUCGAUCAGACUUUAGGGCUUGGUGGGUUGUCGUCAUCCUAUAUUUACUCUCACAGGUCUAUCUGCUUGUCAUGCCGUGGAUUCCCCCAGUGGGUGGCAUCUAUGCUGGCACCGUCAGCUUUUUCUAUGCCACUUACAUGAUCGUGGGUAUCGCGGUGAUCGGUAUCUGCGGUGCUUAUUACUACGUCUGGAUGAAUGUCCUUCCGCGUUGGGGCAACUAUACCAUCAGGUCGCAGGUGGUCAAUGUGGAUGACAAUGGUGCCAACACGCAUCGGCUGCUACGUGUACCUAAUGCCGAGUUGGCUGAUUGGGAUGCCAACCAUGAUGAGCUUGGUAGGGCGAUACAUUAG